UCACUGGAAUGACAGUAGGAUUUCUUCUUCAAAUUAAUUAAUUUGAUGAGUUUGUUCCAUCCGGAUUUAGAAAGGAAGAUGUCUUUAAUGUUAAUCUUGCUGACAUGUUUGGCUACGUUGAUUCAUUCAACAAUGUCCCAGUCGUCGACAGACGGAACGAGCCUCUACACUGCUCUGAUGACAGGUUACCAAAAACAUGUACGACCUGGAACAGAUUACUCAGUUCCACUCCAAGUCAACGUCACAUUCGGUUUAAUAACGAUUCAAGCAUUCAAUGAAUUAGAAGGCAAAUUUGCUGUCACUGGUUUCUUCACAAUAACCUGGGUGGACGAGCGACUGAACUGGACCCCGGGCUCCUACAGUUCAAUGGCUUCCACACUCCUGCAACAGAAGGAGGUGUGGAAACCAAACAUGGUGUUAGGUAAUACCUACAACAAUAUCAAAUUUCUUGGUUUAGAUGACUUCUACAUCCGGUACUUGUACACCGGUCUCGCGACCUGGAACCCGGUAGAUGUGUUUGAAGUGUCAUGUGACGCUGAUGUAACGUUUUACCCCUUCGAUAGCCAGUCUUGUAAAUUGCUGUUCACUACCUGGUUUUAUAGGCCAACGGAAAUUUCGUUUAACGUUUUAAACUCGGAGCUUGAUCUUGGAAUGUUUACUGAGAACUCGAUAUGGGAGCUUAUGUCGACACAAAUGACGAUCAUUAACAGCGGUUUUGAGAUUGUCGAAAUUAAACUCUUCUUCAAAAGGCGGUUUUUGUUCUAUCUAGUCAACAUGAUUCUACCUAUGUGUAUGAUGACGGCUAUCAACUCCUUUGUGUUUAUACUUCCGGUUGAGUCUGGUGAGAGGAUUGGAUUCUCUAUUACGAACCUACUAUCUAUUGCUGUGUUUCUCACGAUAGUGACAGACGCCCUGCCGCAGUCGUCCAUGCCUCAGAUAUCCGUACUGAGCUAUCUUUUACUCACUCAGAUGGGGAUGAGUGUCUUAAUCAUGCUCCUCACCAUCCUGUCGGUCAAGGUUUACCUUUCAGAAGAGGAGAAAGUACCUCAGCAUUACAUCACAUUCGUUAAUAUUAUGGAAUAUAAGUGCCUCAAAAAGAAGCCACAGACAGCUACAGUGACGCCAACAGAAAUAUAUGUAACGCCCGUUUCAAGUGAUAAAACAGACGAGAAAAGUGGUUCGCGGAGGAAAUCACCGGGUGAUCAGAAGAAACACCCUACAGUUGAUGAAACAGCGACAGAAAAACCUCAAACGGAUGGCGAAGUUGAGUUGACUUGGAAGAAAGUGGGACACGCAUUUGAUAAAGCUAGCAUGUUGUUUAUCAUAUUUGCUUCUGUAUGUAUCAAUAUGGGUUUCAUGGUGUACCUUAUUCACACCUACUUCUGAAU